AUGGAUACUGUUUCAGAUAUCAAUCCAAGACCAUUUCUUGAGGAAAUCACAAGAAAACAGAUCAUAGUCAGAUUAAAAUGGGGAUGGGAAUUACGAGGGGUUUUAAAAAGUUCUGACUAAUACAUGAACUUGCAUAUGUUGAAUACAGAAGAGUAUGUCGAUGGAAAGAGCAGAGGAAUAUUAGGAGAAGUGUUGGUUAGAUGUAAUAAUGUUUUGUACAUCAGACAAUGUCCUGACGAAAAAUGAUCCUAAAUUUAUAUAAAAAUGCAUUAAAUUUUAGAUAUCACAGGCA